ACAAGUUCUGAUUGGCUUGCACUUCUUUGAUUUCAUACGUUUUCCACAGAAAUGAGUCAUCCGCCGCCAGUUUCCUGUAUACCAAACACUGCCAAAAUGUCGAAGGCUAAAAAAGUUAUUGAAGAAGCCAAAGAAAUUAAUAAUCCAGAAAUAGAUCUGGUUGAUAAAGGAAUUUCUAGCUUAGAUGAAAUACCAGGCUUAUUUAGCUUGGAAAAUAUUACAAGAUUAACUUUAAGUCAUAAUAAGCUCCAAGUUGUACCAGCUGGUCUUGCUAAUUUGAUGAACUUGGAGAUAUUGAAUCUCACCAACAAUCAUAUUGAAGAACUACCUGUCAGUUUGUCUUCUCUACCAAAACUACGAAUUCUCAAUGUAUCCCUUAAUAGGUUAUAUGCAUUGCCUCGAGGAUUUGGAGCUUUUCCUGUAUUGGAAAUUUUGGAUUGUACUUAUAAUAAUCUGAAAGAGACUACAUUGCCUGGAAAUUUCUUUAUGAUGGAAAGCUUAAGAGCUCUUUAUUUGGGAGACAAUGACUUUGAAUAUCUUCCAGCUGAGAUUGGAAACUUGAAAAAUCUGCAGAUUUUAUCCAUGAGGGAGAAUGAUCUGAUCGAAGUACCUCGAGAGUUAGGCCAGUUGACAAGAUUGAGGGAGUUACAUUUACAAGGAAAUAGACUUGUUGUGUUGCCACCAGAAAUAGGGUUCUUGGAGCUCGCAAGUAACAAGUCAGUGCUACGGCUUGAAGGGAACUUUUGGGUUCCUCCCAUUGAAGAUCAGUUGAAACUGGGACCGUCUCAUGUGUUGGACUAUCUUCGUUCAGAGACGUACAGAGUUCUGUACAGUCGACACAUGUCUGCAAAGCCACCUCCGCCGCCUCAGACGCUUGACAAAAGCAAGAAAGCAAGUCGAAUGCGAUAAUAAGCAGUAUUAAAAUUUAUUCUAAACAAAAUUAAUGAUCUAAUACAAAUAACAUCCACCGUUUUUGACCAAAAUAUUUUUACAAGGUUUCUUGUAAAACCUAAUUCCUGAAUUAUUUUUACUAAAAUAUACUUUAUUUCAUUAAAUUCGCAUUUAAGUAAUAGACAAGACCUUGACAAACUGUCACAAACUGACAACUAAGUUUAUGACUAUAAAAUUGACAGAUGCCAAAACGGCUUUAAUGUUUUGUGUUGUGUUCUAAUUGUGUAUGCUUUAUACUAAUUUAUAUUUAGGGUAAGAUAAAAAAUAUAUUUUUGUUAAUUAACGAUUUAUAUAUCAAACAUCUCAUAGAUUUUUGUCUUAAUUAUAAUUUUGAACAAAAUAAAAUAUAUAUUUGUUAUUAUGAAAUGAAUCAAAUUUUAUAUAAACUAUAUCGGACUUAUAAAACGUGGACUACAUUUACUGUUUGUUACCAUGGUAAUAUCUUUAAUUAUGGUUAGAUUCGAAGCAGAUUAUAUAGUAUUUAAAUCAAAAAUGUGCCAUACAUACAUAAAAUUUGUGCAAGCAAAACUGGAGUGUGUUAUCUCUGCAAGAUUGUGUAUUUCCAAAUAACGCAUGUUUAUAUCUAUGUGGACUAAUUGUUUUCUUAUAUAAUGUAGUUGGUUAAAAAUAAAACAAAAUUUAAUUUAAUUUUUUAAUCAAACUAGGAAAACAGUCUUAUAAAAAUAUAUUUCACACAUUAUUCAAAGUGCCUUAUUUACAUUUUAUCGUGCUAUUAUAUAAACAUUACCAAAGUUCACUUUUCUUUACUCGAUCAUUGUUUGUAUUACCUACUCUUUUUAAAUUUUGUUAAACUUUUGUUUGACAUUAUUAACAUAAGUAGUUUCAUGUUUGUAACAUAAAAUGAACUAUGAUCGAGAAAAGCAAAGAUGAAAAAAAUCCAAAAUUACAGGGGAAUUGAGGAAUUUUGACCUAUCUCAAUUCAAUUAAAAACAGCAACAAAUCCUAUUAGAAAUCUUAAAAAUGGUUAUUAAAUUAUUCACAAAUUAAAUAUACUUACAAAAUGUAUACAAAUUAACAUUAAACAAUAUUACUAAGAA